AUGGAGGGGGAGCCCACCCCGGAUUUUUCUGUCCUUCGGGAGCUGCUGGCCCCGCCCUGCCUGGAGCCAGAGCCAGAGCUCGAGGGGAUGCACCCUCUGCCUCACCCCUCUCCCUGCGCAGGCUCCUUAAUCCUGCCCCAAGAAAACAAGGGCCCUGGAGACAGCAGGUGUAUAAGGGCUCAGACCUUCCUCCCCCACCUCCCCACAUACCCCUCAGGGACAGGGAGGACUGGGCCCAGCCCGCGUAGCCCUCUCAUCAGGGAUCCUUGGGGUCACCCCGGGGACAUUCACUGGGUUCACACAGGGUCAGCCAGGGGCCACUCCCUGGGGGCCUCGGGUCAGUCUGUGGGCCUUGGGGGAGGGCAGCUAAUCCCAUUGCCUGCUCCCCUUAGGUCUCCUUGGCUGGCCCUCCCAGCUGCAGCGACCGGCCUGCGCUUCCUCCAGGAGACAGCCGAGCGGCUCCGGCAGGCUCCUGUCCCAGAAGCCUCCCGAGCUGAGCCCUGGCUGGAGCCACCACUGACCCCCAGGGCCUUAGCCCCCUUGACGGUCCCUGGGGGUCCUGGAGCUUGGGAUGCUGUGGACUCACUGGCCCUCAUCAGCCUUCAGUGUCACAGACUGAGCCCCCCGAGGGCCAGGGAGCAGGUGGGGCUGGGAGUGGGACUGGGUAGGGGUCCUGGCCUCCAGGCCCUGGCAGGCAGGACCCUCCGCAAACAGCCCCACCCCCAACGGGGCGCCGAGGGACUGGAGCCAGGAUUCCAGGGUGUUGUGCUGAGGAUGCACCUGAAGCCUGAUCAGGAAGGGCACCAGCUGCUAAUCACUGCCCAGUUCAGUUCAGCCUGUGGUUCCCGGAGCUGGGAGGCCUCACCUAGUCCCAUGGGGGCCUUGCCCAGUCCCAUGGGGGCAGCCACAUCAAACCAUCAGGGUUCCCCAGGGAGUCGAUGCUGUGCCUCCUGCCGAACCCAGAGGACCCCACUGUGGCGGGAUGCAGAGGAUGGGACCCCACUGUGUAAUGCAUGUGGUAUCAGGUACAAAAAGUAUGGAAUUCGCUGCCCUACCUGUUGGACUGUACCUAGGAAGAGUAUCUGCCCACUUGGGCAUUGUACCCGUUGUGGGGCUUGGCUCUGUACCCCACAAGGCCCUGGCAAGAAAGGGACUGACAGCCAUGACUCCAGCGUCCGGCCCCGGGUGCCCCGGCUUCAUGGGGAGAAGGAAAAGAGCUUCCCCAGAGAAGCUGCAAUGAGAUCAAGAGGGGCAGCAGGGAUCCCCAUGGGCCUGGGGCAUAGCUCUGAUGAAAUGUGGAUUCCUGUCCCAGUGGGAAGGCCAGAGCAGUGACCUCAGUCAUGCCCCCCGCCACACACUCAU